CGUUCGGAGAGAAACGCAAAGACGGAUCACUCAGAGCUCGACCACCGUGUCGCGCAUAGCUUCCCUGUCUCCGUCUAAUCGUGUUGUUUCUCUAUCUCUCUCCUUUUCUCCUUCCUAUCUCAUUCACUCUUUCUCUCUGUUUCCUUUUUUUCCUUUAUCUCUUUUUCUUUCUCUCUCUUUCCCUCUCUCUCUUUUUUUCAUUCUUUCUAUCUAACUAUUUUACUCUUAUUUUUUUCUGUCAUUCAUCAUCUUCGUCGUUAUCACGAAACGAGACGAUCGAGACAGAGGGAAGUGCGUCGAUUAUCUAGUGUGUAUGUGCGUGUGUGAAAUAUGAUCCUUUAUCAAGGAUUUCGACGUACUUAGGAUCUAAAGGGAUCUAAACUAUCGUCCACGACCCAAUCCGCAUCGAGAAAAUUGUAAUAUCGCUCGAGGGAUUGCAAGUGACAUUUUAUAAGGGUGAACAUGUCGAAGUCAGGAAGCAUCAAAGAUGGUGAAAAGGGUCCAUACGACCCAGUGCCAACCAAUAAUGACACAGGAGGAGACGAAAUUAAACUUGAAGCAAAAAUGUCUCUUCUCAAUGGUGUUACCGUCAUCGUUGGUUCGAUCAUCGGUUCUGGCAUCUUUGUCAGUCCAACCGGUGUUUUAAAACAUACUGGAAGUGUUAAUGCUAGCCUUUUAGUAUGGACUGCUUCAGGAAUUUUUUCCAUGGUAGGAGCCUAUUGUUAUGCCGAGUUAGGUUGUAUGAUCAGGAAGUCGGGCGCUGAUUACGCGUAUAUCAUGGAAACCUUUGGACCCUUCAUGGCCUUUGUAAGACUUUGGAUCGAGUGCAUGAUAGUACGGCCUUGCAGUCAAGCUAUCGUAGCCUUGACCUUCAGCAUUUACGUUUUGAAACCUCUUUUUCCUGACUGUGCUCCACCAGAUGAUGCUGUACGAUUACUUGCUGCCUGCUGUAUAUGUGUCCUGGCGUUCAUAAAUUGCUGGGAUGUUAAUUGGGCAACAAAAGUACAAGACAUCUUCACAUAUGCUAAACUUCUCGCACUUUUUAUUAUAAUCUGUACUGGAGCGUAUCAACUGUUCACUGGACACACGGAGUAUUUCACGUUCGAGAACACCAAAACGGAAAUCACGUCAAUAGCAUUGAGUUUUUAUUCAGGAUUAUUUGCUUAUAACGGUUGGAACUAUUUGAACUUUAUCAUCGAGGAAUUGAAAGAUCCUAUCAGAAAUUUGCCGAGAGCCAUUGCAAUCUCUUGUACCUUAGUUACGGUCGUCUAUGUUUUAACCAACAUGGCUUUUUAUACUACCUUGAGCCCCGUUGAAGUUUUAGGUAGCGGUGCUGUUGCUGUGACUUUUGCCAAUCAUCUGUUCGGAGUAAUGGCAUGGACAAUACCAGUGUUCGUAGCUUUGUCAACAUUCGGUGCAGUAAAUGGAAUUCUAUUGACGUCUUCUCGACUUUUUUAUGCUGGUGCAUGCGAGGGACAAAUGCCGGAAAUACUUACGAUGAUCCAAAUCUCGAGAUUGACACCUACGCCAGCUGUUAUUUGUAUGGCACUCCUGUCGAUGCUUUAUUUGUGCUCAUCCGACAUCUUUGCACUGAUCAACUACGUCGGCUUUGCCACUUGGUUGAGCAUUGGCGUCUCUGUCCUAUGUCUUCCUUGGCUAAGAUGGGCUCAACCAAAUUUACCAAGGCCAAUUAAAGUAAAUCUUGCUUUCCCAAUCAUCUACAUUAUCGCCACGCUCUUCGUCACGGUAGUUCCCAUGUAUAUUACUCCUUUGGAAACAGGCUAUGGCUGUUUAAUGAUAUCAUCGUCAGUACCGGUAUACUUUGCAUUCAUUGCGUGGAAAAACAAACCUAAAUUUUUCGUCAGGAGUGUUGGCGCCGUUACCAAAACUUUGCAGAAGCUGAUGGUAGUCGUCGGGCCAAAGACUAAUAAGUAGGCACCACAAAGUUCCUGCAGAAGAUAAUGGUGGUCGUCGGCAAGUCUAAACCAGCUCAGGUCUAAUUGCCUCGCUUGUGUUAGAAAAAGAAAGAGAAAGGAAGAAAAAGGAGAAGAAGAAGAAGAAGAAGAAAAAGAAGAAGAAGAAGAAGAAAACGAAAGAACGAAGAUAGAUGGAGAGAAAUAGACAAGAUAAGGGAUUAGAGAUUAAGAGUGUCCUAGGACAAGAGACAGCCAUAUUGAAGUAGGAUACUAUCAAUCAAAUCCCAAAUCAAAAUUUCGUCGUUCUCUUUGUAUCUUCUUUUUCUUUUUUUCUUUCCUUUUCUCUCUCUCUUUCAUUCUCUCUUUCUUUCUCUCUUUUUCUCUCUCUUUUUCUUCUUCUCUCAAGUUCUCUCAAGAUUUUCCAGCAUCCGUAAAAAGAACAUUGUUUAUAUUUUCUUCGCGAAAUAUCAACGAAUGUUCUUCUUCUUCUUCGUUCGACAGAAAUCAACGUGCGAAGAAAAGUAAAGGGGUUGGCCUAAAUAAAGAAAAAAAAAAACAAAAAAAAAACAAAAAAAAAAUUAAAUAAAUAAUCCCGAUCGAUUUUAUCGAUAUGACGAUGUUUACGAGUCACGACAAAAAUCUCUUGCGUCUUUUCGUCGAUUUGAAUUUCCCGCGAAAUGAUAGUACCUAUUGAAUCGUUUGUUUCUGGUCAUUGAAACUAUAAAAAUAAAAAAAAAGAAGAAACAGAAAAAAUAACAGUAAAGAAAAAAGAAACAAGUGGCAAAUUCAAUUCGGCGAACGCUUGUUACUCGUUGACACGCAGUCAACGUUGCAUCAUAGUUUUACGAUAAAUAUUGUAAUUUUACUGCCACCGAUGUUGAAACGCGAGUUAUUUCGUGUGAUUGAUUGAUUGAUUGAUCGAUUGAUUAAUUAAUUAAUUAAAUAAUUAAUUAAUUAAUUCAUCUACUGCAUAUAUACAUAUAUAAGAAAUGUUACAUGAAAUAUGUAUCUCUCGCGCUAUAUGAUCGGACGAUUUUAUCUCCCCGACAUUUAUCUCCAGUAUUUUAAUGAAAUUUAUUAUAAUAUUUUUUUAUUAUAGAAAUAUUGUUUUCUUUUUUUUUCUAUACUGUUUUUUUUUUUUUUUUCUUUUAAUUAUUCUUUCCUUAUUCCUAUGAGGAAUCCUAUAAGGAAUUAAUUAGGGUAUUUUUUAAAAAUCGAUCGAUUUCAUUGCUAUAUGAUCGAUUACUCGCGAAAAUUAUUCGUACGAUUUUUUUUACACAUUCAUGUACAUAAAUAUUACAAAUUUAUAUGUAUAAGUCAACGAUUUGAAGCACCUUAUAGAAGAUUAUAACGUUUUAUCUAAUUGGACUACAAAAUACAAUGUAGGUUUAUAAAAAAAAAAAAGGAAUUUAUUCGUUAAGCGUAUAUCUAUCAUAUUCAUUCUUGCAAAUAUUUAUACAUUUCUUUCUUGAAAAAUCACUAUUUUAAAUAAUUAUUAAUUAAUUAUAAAAUCUACGAAUAUUUUUGCGACGUUUCUUUUCAAAGAAAGAUUCUUUUUCUAACGAAGCUUUUGGUCCAUCGUGUUUGAACUUUCCUCGUAUAAUAAAUUUAUGCUUUUAUGAACAUAUGCAUAUAUAUAUAUAUAUAUAUAUAUAUAUAUAUAUAUAUAUAUAUAUAUAUAUAUAUAUAUGUGUAUAAGAAAGCUCUUGCUGGUUGAAUGCUUCUCGUUGUACUUGUAAUUUUGUAAUUUAUGAUUUUAUCGAAAAAAUUUCAUCAGAGAAAGAGUUAUUCUUUGAAAUAAGAAAACGAGCGUUUCUCAUCAAUUAGGAUCGCGAACUUUUAUUAGAUCGCUCUUAGAUCAAAAGAACGCGAAUCUCGACGAUACAACAUAUCCCUAAAUCGAGCCGUUCUAGGACCAAAAUUUUUCUUUUUUUCUCUUUUUUUUUAAAUUUUAAUUUACCAACCCAACGGCGUAGACUUGCUAAAAAAUUAGUUACUAUAAUUCGUUCCUUCGAUUUAUUCUUUUAAGAUGAAAAUAAGUCCUCGGCGAAUCGUCCUUUAUACUUAUUAUUAUUAUUAUUAUUAUUAAUAUUAUUAUUGUCAUUAUUAUUAUAAGUAUUUUGUAUUAUUAUAAGUAUAUUAAUAUUAUUUGAUAUAUAUAUAUAUAUAUAUAUAUAUAUAUAUAUAUGCUGAGUGGAGUAAUCAUUUUGAUUACCUUGAAUAGCGUUUCUUUUAAAAAUAUAAAGAAACUUUCUAACAAAAGUUAUAUGAUACGGAGAUAGCUACGAUGUAAUAGAAAUAAUUUUUUAGUAAGUGGACGCAUGAAAGACGUAUGAAGGUCAAGUGCUGUUUUUUGUAAUAAUAUUAUAUGUUUUUGAUUGCAUUGAUCGAAACAGCUCAAUAUUCUCUAUAAAAAAGAAUAACCUACAUAUGUUGAAAAAUGAUUAAAUUCAGCGCUGAGCAAUGAUUUAUGAUUAUGAUUUAUGAUUUAUAAGCACUUACUCGACACUUACUCUGCUCUCAUUUUGCACUUACUUUGCACUUAUUUAGCGGAUUUGUAACUGAUUUCUACGACUUUUACUUCCGAUAUUACCACGUAAAUGAAUGACAUGGUUAUUAAUGAUGUAGACAAAAAUUGCUUCUUUGGUAAAAAAAUAACUUGUUUAUUAAUUAUUUAUUAAUUUAUAUAACUUUAUGUACUACUCUUAAUCAGAAUCUUCUUUUUUUCUUUUCGUAAAAUAAGAUGAAUCACGUUCGUAAAUUUGUUUAUAAAAAUUGUUUAUAACAAAUAGUUAAUUAAUUGUUAACAAUACGUUAAAAAAUAGAGUAAACUAUGCUCUUUAAAAUGAUACUCGAUUCAAGUCUCUACGAGUUUUACUUCUGAAGAUAUUUCCAUCUAAACGGUAGACGUGGCAAUUGAUAAUGUAGACCAAAUUUGCUUUUUCAAUUAAAAAAUAAUUUGUUUAUUAAUUAUUUAUUAAUUUAUAUAACUUUAUAUCUCAGUCAUAGGUUGAAUUUUCUUCUUUUCUUUUCGCAAAAUAAGAUGAAUCACGUUCGUAAGAAUUUAUUUAUAAAAAUUGUUUAUAACAAAUUGUUAAUUAGUUAUUAACAAUACGUUAUAAAAUAGAGUAAACUAUGCCCUUUAAAAUGGUAUUCGAAUCAAGUCUCUACGAGUUUUAGUUCCGAAGAUAUUCCUUUGUAAAUGGAAGAUAGUUACGCUGACCCAUUAGCCUAUAUAAUUUCAUUCAGAUUAUCUGAAUGACACACUGACCUAUAUAAAUUCCGAGAAUUUACGCAGCUCAGCUGGACAAGUUACUACUACUAUACUAUUACUACGAACAGGUGUAGUAUACGAAUUAUGAAUGAAAAUCUUUCGAUAGCAAUAUCUUUGGAACGAAAAGUCGUAGAGACUUGAAAAAUACGCCGUUUUCAAGCGUAAUUUAUUCUUUAUUUAUUUAAAUAUUGCAAUAACAUCGGUAUAAUAAAAUCGAUUUUGUUAAUAAUUUUUUUAAUUGAAUUUUUUUCAUUUUUCUUUCUUUCUUUCGUAAUAAAGACACGAUUAUAUUGAAAUCAUUUCUAUUUUUAUUAUAAUUAGAUAUGUAAAUUUUAUUUUGUUUAAAAUAAAGAAUAGAAAUUUUAAUAAUGCACGAAACUGAAAGAUCGAAAAUUUGAAAAACUUUUCUUUCGUAAUUUACUUGCUACUAUUGUUUACUUAUUACUACAAUAUUCUUACAAUAUUUUUGUUACAUCUCAUGCUUUUUUUUAAGAAUAUUUAAAUUAAAAAAUCUCAAACUAAUAAUGUUUCGGCAAUACAUUGGUUAAUACUUUUUUAUAGAGAAUGUCGGGCAGUAUCGAAUAAUGCAAUCGAAAACAUAUGAUUUUAUUUAAAAAUUCACGGUUGGCCUUUAUAUGUCUUUCACGUAUCUGCAAAAAGUAUAUUACCAGUAUAUUAUGGUUUCCUUCGUACCAUACAAUUUUUGGAAUAAAGUUUCUCUAUAUCUCUAAAAAGUAAUGAGAUAUUCAAGGUAAUCAAAGUUAUUGGCCCACCCUGUAUACGAUAUAUAUAUAUUUUUUAGAUUUAUUUUAAAUAUUACAUUUUUAAUAUAAAAUUUAGUUUAUUUUCCAAAAUUUAUAAUAUAUAUAUAUAUAUAUAUAUAUAUCACACACAUAAAAAUAUCAUAUUAAAAUAUUUAAUAAUCAUUAAAUGGAAAUCAGGUUGUGAUUGAGAGAAAAUCGAUUGAAAAUCAUUAUUUUUAUUUAUCUUUAAUAAUCUACUCUCAUUGUCUUUGUGUUAAAGACGUUUCACAGCAUUCCUAUUAAAUGUUAAUUUGUAAGUAAUAGAACUAGAACAAUAGAGUUAAGAUCAAUAUAGAAAAAGACAAACAACGGAUGGACGAGUCGCCGAUGGCUUUAUGGAUAAAAAAAUAAAAAGAAAAAGAAAGAAAAGAAAGAAGAAAAAAAGAUACAAAAAGAUUAAUGAUCUUUUAAUGAUAAUUUUCAUCGUUUUUAUCUACUACGCUAUAUUUUAUGGUGAAUCAUCAGAAUCAUUAAAUGUCAUCAAUCUUUAUCGGAGUGUCUACCGUUUCUUUUAUUUAAUACUUCGAACGAUAAAAAUUCAAUUUUUUUCUAAACAAAUUCGUUGAAUAUCGAAGAGAAAAAAGAAAAUAAUUCUGUAAAAUUCCAAUCAGCUAGAGGAUUAUCAGUUAUCGAUGAUUUUCAAAAAAUAAAAAGAAAAUGAAAUAAAUGGUAACGAAUACCUCUUUAAAAAAAUGAAUAAAUGAAUAAAUAAAUUAUUUGAUCCAAUAGAGAAUUCAUAGUUCGAUCGUCCUUUUAGAUAACAAACUUUAGAUAUCGAGAUACAUACGUAUGUACAUACAUACAUAUAUACAUAUAUUUUUCUAAUCUACUGCAAAAUAUUAACGGUAGGCAUUCUGAUGUAUGUGACAAUAAAGAUCACCGAUUAAGCUAAUCAGAGAAUUAAGCUGUUUGUUUAUUCACGUGUAUAUUUAUACAUAUAUAUGUGUGUGAGCAAUACAAACAUGAAAAUGCAGAAUACAUUUUUCUAAUAAUUCAUAUCUAACGUAAGUUUUUGCCUUGGAGAUUAGAUAACAGAAUGUGUAUUAAAAAAAUACGUUCAUUUUUAUUUGAUUUUUAUAUUUUAUCAAUAACAAUUAUUAUUAUCAUUAUUAUCUUUUUUUUUUAUUUUAUUUGAACGAAGAAUACAACAAGUAAUCUUCACCAUUUUGUGUGUGUGACGCGUACAAGAAUAUUCUGCGUAUGUCCGGCAGAAUACCUUUGAGAUUAAUCAUGCGAUAUAAGGUAGCUUAGGAUCUAAUGAUGAUGGUUAUGACGAUGAGAGUGAGAGUGAGAGAGAAAGAAAAUAAAAAAAAAAUACAAAGCAUACUCAUAAGAUAAGCGAACUGUGACAAUAUAUUAUAUUGUAUAAAGAAGAAAAA